AUGGACCAGCCAAGACAUCCUCCACCAGGACCACCAGUCCACCACCAACCUCUGCCCACUGGCCAGUGCACGCUAGCGCGAGGUGAGAUCGAUGGCAUCAAGGACAAAACCAUGCGCCACCAGGACUUGCCACAUCAGGUUCUGUGGACAAAAGAGCUGUGUGUGGAUAGCCCAAGGAAGGACUAA